ACAGCUCGCCAUCACUGAAAGGGCUAUUCCUGGACGAGGCGAAAGAUGGUCCUAGACAAUUUCCUUUUCGGACAGUGCAUCCUCUAUUUUUUAGCCUUUGUAUUCGCUUUUGUCGCCGUCGUGCCGCUGUCGGAAAACGGCGAUGAAUUCCACGGGAAAUGUCUGCUUUUCGCCCGAGGGAUGUGGCAGAACGAGAACAUGACGGUGGGGAAGCAGCGCUUCGUAGUAGAGGAGUGGGGACCGCAGUCGUCCUGCCGAUUCGUCACACUCGUGGGGAUGAUGUCCCUCAUCCCGGCUGCGGUGCAGGCAUGGCGGAUGCUCUUCCUCCUUUGCAAAGGCCAUGACGACUCCUUCUUCCAUGCCUUCCUCAACCUUCUGGCCAGCAUCUUCGUGGUCUUCAUGAUCUUCGUGGCCAGCACCAUCACCAGCGUGGGCUUCAACCUUUGGUGUGACGCAGUCACAGAGGGCGGGACUAUGCCAAGCAGUUGUGAGGAGCUCCAGGAUACUGACCUGGAGCUUAGUCUGGACAACUCCUCCUUUUAUGACCAGUUUGCCAUCGCACAGUUCGGCCUAUGGGCAGCCUGGCUGACCUGGCUGGGCCUCACGGUGCUGGCCUUCCUCAAGGUUUACCGAAACUACCGGCAGCAGGAUCUGCUGGACAGCCUGGUGCACGAGAAGGAGCUCCUGCUGGGGCGGUCCUCCAGACGGGGAUCUGACGAGGACCAGAAGAGCGGCAUGAUCUAGGCCCUGCCGCUGUCACCGCCCCUUCACUCACAAACUUCCCCUGUCACAAAGGGGCAGGACAGUGGGUUGGUAACUACUGUGGAUUGGGGGAGGGGGUGCAUAUAAGGGGAAAAAGGCAAAAAAAAGAACUGAAUCGUGUAAAUGUGUGUUUAUGGCUCCAUUAUCACUGCAGAGCACGUUCUGUAUUCCUGUCAAACACAUCUGGACUUUGUGCAGUAUGGAGUGGACCAGCUUUUGUUUUGUCCUCGGUUAAGCAGAGACGUACUGCUCAGGGCAAAGCUUGAAAAGUAUUGUUGUAAAUGAGCCCAGUCUGAUUUGACUGGUUUUGAUACAUAGGGAAUUACAUUUCAUUGGAAAAGUCUCUAAUCUCUAACCCUCAAGACACACAAUGAAGCGUGAAUGAACAUUAAGCAAGUGUUUACAGUAAUCUGGGGAAAAAAACCUGCAGUAAGCACUUCUUACUAUGAGGAAAAAGACCAGCUCAGCAGUGCAAGUUUGUAACUCUCCACUGAGGUGUCAAAAGAGGAUAAUAGAAACUGCAUGAUUCCUGUUUAUUGGUUAAAAUACAAAAUAAGAAGCCCUGUUUCUUUGUGUCAUAAGUGUAAAUGUUGUGGGUCUGUGUGAUAGUUCCUCCUUCCAUCUCCAGUGUUUUGCAUUGACAAUGCCAAAGUGAGCAAUCAGACAAAAAAUCCCAGCACAAAAACAAGGUGAAGGAACAGCAGACACCAUUGAUGCCAGAUAGCAUUAAAGACAGCUAAUGGUGCACAUUUUAAUAUGAAUUAUAAAGAGGAUAUCAGUUUAUAGCUGUGGUCCUCUUACACUUGUAGAGAGUGAGGCUUCAUUAUUUCCAGAGUGGGUGGAGCUAUCAUGUUAUCAGUUAGUUGCUUUUAGAACCAAUCAUAGGUUUGCUGUUGCCUUGCUGUGGAGUGCAGUCUUUUGAUUGGUUCAAACCAUGAUAUACAUAGCAUGUAGUAGCUCCACCCAUCAUAGGGUGUGGGACUUCUCGGCCUCCCACCGCUAACACUGGCUUUUGAAGGCAUGAGUAUCAUUUUCCCACAGACACUGCCUGUUGUUACUUUCAGCAAGAAAUUCAAUUUUAGUUUGCUGUAUUCUCCAUUGUGUCCUGGUGAUGGGUUUGUGAAUUAGGCCUCAGUCUUGGCAGCUUUAUAUUUGAUUGGCUGGGGCCUGUGACACAGAUGGAUUUGACUACUCUGAAUGCUUGCAUGCUGUCAUAAACUAUGUGUAUUUUGUAGUAUCACGUGUGCAGUCAUGCCACUUUUGCUAAGAGCUAACUUUUUAAGGAUG